AUGACUGUACCAGCUUACGAGCCCAUCUCAGAUGAUGACUUGUAUAGACACUCUUCCCAGUUCCGGAUAUGGUCCCUGACUCCCGAAGAACUAGAAUCUAAGCGCCGUGCCGUCUACGAGCGGGCCUGUAGAAAUGUGCCCGGCGCAAUUGCUAAAGACAAAAACGUACCAGAGACUUCCAUUGAAGUACUUUCUUAUGAAGAAGAGCAGCAGUUGAUCCAAUACUAUUCAACCAAACUGCUACUUUUAGGAGAUGGUCUGCAACAACCUACACAGGUCAGCGCAACAGCACUUUCUUAUUUUCGCAAGUUUUAUACGGUACAUAGUACCAUGGAACACCAUCCCAAAGACAUUUUUUCAACUUGCAUUUUCCUCGCAGCUAAGGUUGAGAACAACCUGAUCAAAAUUGAUUAUUUAUGUAAGGUUUUAAGGAAGAACCAAAAAGAGAUUCUUGACUGCGAAUUUCUGGUUCUACAAUCACUUUCUUUUACCCUGCUCGUCCACAAUGGUUAUAGACCAAUGCGUGGUCUGCUACUCGAUAUCCAAGCAGUGAUUCCUCACUUAGCGCCCCCAGAAGCAUUGGAACCAUUACGUUUAAAGACUAAAAAGGCCAUCAUUGAUUCCUUCUUUUCAGAUGUCCAGUUCCACUUUACGCCGCCUCAGAUUGCGCUGGCCGCACUCAUGACUGCUGACGAAACACUAACUAUGGAGUAUCUGAAGAAGAAGUUUGGCCAUGAUGGCAUUGAACUGUUACGCAAAGAUAACCCAGUCAUCGACACAAAAGGUGUAUCUGAUUUGCAAAUGCUGUUAGAAAUUAUUGAAGAAUGCCGCAAGAUGAUUCAAUCUGUACCCCAGGUCCCCGAUCAAAUGGGUAAGGCUACUGACCGCAAACUGUACUAUCUUUACAACCCUGACAAACAGGCCAAACGCAAGCUUGCCCGCGCAGAGGCCCCGGAGGUCUCGCCGGCUCCUUCUGCGCCUUCUGCGCCUACAGCUCCUGCAUCAACUGGUAGUCCAGAGCCUAAGCGCCAAAAAAUGGACGAUUAG